AUGGUGAGCACUCGCUCCAGAGUCAAGUUCACUUCUGUAGCUGGUCAAUCUCGGUUGUCUCAACUUGCCGCGAUAGAAGAAGGUGUUGCCAUGGGAGAUGAAACUCUAAUUGAACCAGUAGAGCAAGAAGAAGGCCAAGAGCAAGAGCAAGAAGUAGUCUCUUUGGGAAAUGACGACGCCGAUGAACAACAAGAAGAAAUUGGAAAUGGAUACGCUCCGCUGCCAGAUCAACUCACUCGACAUUCUUCUCAAUCGCAAUCUCCAUCGCAAUACAACCCAGGCGACUCAGACUCGUCUGUCACAGAUGACGAAGGUGUACCAACUGCAGAAGAGUUUCUCACCAUGUCACUUGCUGGCGAAGACAUGAACACCAAUGAAGUCACGGCGACUCAAAUGGCUGGUGCAGGUCUUUUGUUGGGUUUCGCGGCGAAUGACACGAAUGACACGACCAAUGACAUGACCAAUCCCAAAGAAGAUAGAGCACUCCGACGUCGACAAGAAGCACAGCAAAAGAAAGAUGCAAAUCACGACCAAAUGCGACAGAGCAUUGUCACGUCGAAUGUUGCCAAUCGAGUUCAUCGGGACAUUGCCUUUGGCGAAGACACGGAACCUCCCAGUGCAUUUGUCAUCCCUGCAGCUCCUGUGCGACCACAGCAGUCUCAUCCGCCACAACAGCCACGCACACCACAACAAGAGCCAAUCCCGCUAGCACCGCCAGCACCAGUGCACGUUGUUCCACAUGCCAAUCCUUACAACCAAGGACGCAUUGGAAAAAGGAACUGGAAGAUGGAUCCUCCGCCUCGGCCAGUAGCAGACACAGUAGGUGCACCAUCUGUCGCGGCUCAAGUUCUUGAACUCCACAAAGAGCACGGAUAUGAGGGCAUGUCUCAACAGGAACAGGAUCUGAUUCAGAACACCAAACGCGGAAAGAACACGGCAGAGACCGAGAGACGCAAAGUCGCCAAUGAGAAAAGGUUCUUCGAAGUGCUGAAAGAUCAUGGUGGUCCAGCGUUUGCUCCUCUUCUUCUGAAGGUGCCGGUGAAAUAUGCUGGAUACAGUACUGUCCCGGAGAAAAUUGACUAUGAGUUCUUCAAUGCAUGUGGAUAUACUCGCGAAGAGGAUGCAAGACAGGUUGUCAACAAGGCUUCCAUUGUAUUUGCAUUGUCCGUUCGGAAGAAGAAAGGCCGCGAUGGUACCGCCGGUCAACCUUUUGAACCCAACACUUUGGAACAGUUCUUCCGCAAUGUGUACUGCUACUGGAAGGCCAAAGGCAUUUGGUUCGACUUUGACAAAGACUUCAAUGGUCCCGGUGAACUCAACGGAGUUGUGCAAGAAUACUGGGCCUCCAACUUGAAGAAAGACAAGAAGUAUGCCUCGAACAAGGAGAAACGUCGCAUCAAAGAGAAUGUCUUGCAUCUCGUUUGCCAAGCAGUUGACAAAGGUCUCAUCAACAUCAAUGACCGUUGGGAUCUCUUGCGUGGUGCGCACUUCAAUUGUGGACUUUUCAUGUGCUUCCGCGGCAAGAAAGAUCACAUAGCGACUCGAAAAGACUACAUCCGUAGAGGAGUGUAUCAGGAUGAUUUUGAAGAUGACCUUGAGAAAGGUAUCGCUGGGAAAGUAUGGGUUGGAAUGUACUGCCCGUGGAACAAGACCAAUCCUUUGAAGUUCGGCAACACCACUCUUCCUCCCGAAACAGAAAGGAUUCAGACAAUGCGAGACUACCUUGGAGAACUGUCGUACAAUCCGGUCGCUUGGUUUGAUAAGUAUGAGAUGCACUUGCAUCCGGAUGCGGUUGGAUAUUAUGCGUACCCGUACACCAAGGAAGAAUCAGCCAUCGAGAAUGCCCGUUUGAAGCAACGUGACAUCGAUUGGAAUCGCGAACAUCCAGAAUCACCUCGUGUCAUCCAGGAAUAUGACGUCUGGUACAAGCCGUCCAAUCCCAAUAUCAAAUUCCAUGAAGGAAAUGUAGGGCACAACAAACACUGCACCUUCAUUCAAGAAUUCUGCAAGCAGAUUGGAGUUCAGGAUGCCGAGAAAGUUGCUUCCGGUCACGCACUUCGGGCCAAAGCAUGCACCGUCUUGAAAGGUCAAGGCGUAGAUCCACAUGCGGUUGCACGACAGAUGCGUCACAAGAGCAUUGAUACGCAAAAGCAUUACACGGAGACCACCUUGGGAAUGAGAGCUUCGGUAAUGAAUGGUCUUGUUGCCGGUGUCAAGCGUCGUAACCCGAUUGAAGAAGAUGGCCGCAAACCGGCUGCACGUCCGCGUGUUGGAUUGGAAUCGGAUAUCGAAAAUGUCACUCCGCAUGUCCAAAAGCAUCGUCCUUCUGCAUUGAAUACGCAGGAACGUGAGGAACUUCAACAAUUGCGACUACAGAACGAUCCGGAUUGGUUGGAACUUGAACGUCUACGUCGUUUGCGAAAUGCUCCAGUCGCAGCGGCCGGUGGUCAUCAUCAUGAUCCUCGUUGUGUCAUUCCAAUGGGUCCUUCUCCACCACCAGUGAGACCUCCGGUACCACCAAUGAGACCUCCGGCUCAAUAUGCACCGAUGUACGACGAGUUUUGUGGAAUGCCGCCUCCACGUCGACCAUCAUAUUCGGAUUC